GAUCUCAGUGCAUCUGGCAAACUCGCAGCCACAGUGAAUACAGGUGAAUUAAUCCGCAAAACAACGGGAACCAUCCUAAGGACAUGGUAAUCUUCCAACAUAAUGUCGGGUCAGCUGGUUGUCCUACUUGCUUUCUUCGUGUUUGGGGAUUUCACCAUCGGUAGGGUCAGUGGUACCUCCAGUGCCACAUGUGUCGACUGCCAGAGAGUGAAGAACGUCAAACAGCAGCUAAACCAGAUAAAGAACGCAUUCGAUGAGUUUUCCGAACUCCUGCAAAACACAACCGCUACCUGCCCCAAUGAGUAUCCUAAGGACUGUUCUGGUGUGUUUGCAAACGGCAUGACUACCAGCGGUGUCUAUACGGUUCAACCUGUGGUUGGUGACGGUCCGAUCGAUGUGUACUGCGAUAUGGAGACAGAUGGUGGCGGAUGGACGGUAUUUCAGCGGCGUCAAGACGGCUCUGUUGACUUCUACCGCGACUGGGAGAGCUACCGCCAGGGGUUCGGUGAUCUGAACGGCGAGUUCUGGCUUGGCAACGACAACCUGCACCGACUCACCGCUCAGGGCGUGUACCGACUGCGCAUUGAUCUCGAGGACUUUGAGAACAACACUGCGUAUGCCGUGUACGACACGUUUCGUGUUGCUGAUGGGAGUGCCAACUACCGGUUGACGGUGGAAGGCUACUCCGGAACGGCUGGUGAUGCACUGUCCUACCACAGUAACCAGAGCUUUACUACCAAAGACCGUGACAAGGACUCGAACGGACCUUACAACUGUGCCGUGAAGUACUCCGGCGCCUGGUGGUAUAAAUCCUGCCACCACUCCAACCUGAAUGGCAUGUACCUCGGUGGGCAGACGAGCGUGUACGCCAAAGGAGUAGUUUGGUAUCAUUGGAAAGGACAUAACUACUCACUGAAACGUACUGAGAUGAAAAUUAGAAGCAAAAUAUAAUUAGCUCGGGUUUGUGUCAGAAACUCGGUAUUUUUUUCCAAUUUGUCUCAAUUCUGUAGUCUUCAUGAGAUAGCUAAUGCCUGUGUAUUGCAGGAAGCAUGUGUCACCAGAACUGCAUGCCUUACUUUCUUUCUAUAUUGACACGUUCUUGCAGCUAGGGUAGUGUCACUGGAUGAGUGGUACGUUUAAUAAUCAUUCAGAUUUUUCCCUAAAUAGAAUGAAACGAUAUGGAUACUUACGUUUGGUUUUAAGCCACUAAGUACUGAAAAAAUUGAAACGAGAGUAUUUCCCCGGACAACUUUACAGUUUGUUUGAAUGGCGUACCUCGGUUUUAUUGUAGGUCGUCAGAUUUUUGAAGCACCUAGAGUAUCUCAUAGAUGAUGCCACCCUAUUGCUGACUAUCAAAGAAUAGAUCUCCAAAGACAAGAGAGUAAAUAACAGAAACAAAUAGGCCUAAACGUUGAAACGAGACAUAACCCAGGUAGAUCGUGUUAGUUGAUCUCUCUCCCUGAAUUUAAAAUUCCUUCGAAGUUUUCAGUUGUUUCAGUACUUAAUUGUCAUACUUCAGAGAAGUUAUGCAAAAAUUCCUUGUACUAAUGAGGAAACUGUGAAGAUUAAAUUUAACAAUGAAAAGACGUACCGUUAGUUGCCAUGGUGAUUUACAGCUUAACCUCACUCGGUUUAUCGAAUGCUCAGCAGGAGUCGAUUUUUGCCCACCUGCCGUGUAAAAUUCUAAUUUUGCUGAAAUGGUAUUUUCAAUUAUAAGCCACUUUUUUAAUUGGGAAAUUAAACCGAUUAAUAUGGAGACAGCCCAAGCGCAUUUCCCCUUCCACGUAUACUUCCAAUCAUGACUGUAGCAAGCCAGUCAACUCGAACUUACUAAAAUUUAAUGUUGAUGAGUUUCUGCUGGCAUCCCGUCACUCCNGUCUGGAAAAUGGGAAUUCCUGUAUUUGGUGGUAUUUAAAUCCUGCAAUGUGUAUUAACUGACUUGCGUCGAGAUAACAUCACGAGUUUGUCGAAAAUGGUACCUGUAAAGCUGAAUAAACAGACUUGUUUCCUGUA